UACAGCCAAGAACCGGUUUGGAUUUGCAGAACCGUGUUGCCAAACAAGGCUUCAGGUUGAUUGGGAACAAACGUGAAGACUUAAAGAGGCCGCAAUAAAGGAAGCUCCAAAUGGCCGAUCUUUUGUCCCUACAACUGACACUUCCAUCGCCUUCAGUUCCAUUUACUGCUUCGAAGCACAAAAUGUCAACCAAAUCCAUGGCUGCUUCUGUUUUUGGAUGCGCCGCCACUGCCGCCGCCUCCUCCUCCUCCGCCUCAUCAACCACUCGUUUCCUCUCCUCAGCCGCCAGAGCUACACUAUCUUUCUCUUCACGUUCAUCAUCACUCCUUUCUCUCUCCUCGUCUUCGUCGUCUCUCAAGUCUCUCAGAUCGUCUCCUUCCAUUUCUCAUCUUUUUCUGAAUCAGGGGAGACCGAGUUCUCGUGUAUCCAACAGAGGAUUCAGUGCGGCGUCUAAUCCGAAAUGCCUGGCAUCGGAUCCUGAGCAGUUGAAGAAUGCUAGAGAAGAUAUCAAGCAGCUCCUGAAGACCACAUUCUGCCAUCCUAUUUUGGUACGCCUAGGUUGGCAUGAUGCUGGAACUUACAAUAAAGAUAUUGAGGAUUGGCCACAGAGAGGUGGAGCGAAUGGAAGUUUAAGAUUUGAUGUUGAACUGGGACAUGGUGCUAAUGCUGGUCUUGUUAAUGCCUUGAAACUCAUUGAGCCUAUCAAAAAGAAGUAUUCUAACGUGACAUAUGCAGACCUAUUUCAGUUGGCUAGUGCUACAGCUAUCGAGGAGGCUGGGGGACCCAAAAUCCCCAUGAAGUAUGGAAGGGUGGAUGUUGUGGGGCCAGAGCAAUGCCCUGAAGAGGGAAGGCUUCCUGAUGCUGGUCCUCCGUCACCUGCUGCACAUCUACGAGACGUUUUCUACAGAAUGGGGUUGAAUGACAAGGAAAUAGUUGCAUUAUCCGGGGCACACACCUUAGGGAGAUCUAGGCCAGAACGCAGUGGUUGGGGCAAGCCAGAGACCAAAUAUACGAAAGAUGGACCUGGUGCACCCGGUGGGCAAUCCUGGACUGCACAAUGGUUGAAGUUUGACAACUCGUAUUUUAAGGAUAUCAAAGAAAGGACAGAUCAAGAAUUACUGGUGUUGCCAACUGAUGCUGUUCUCUUUGAAGAUCCAUCAUUCAAGGUAUAUGCUGAAAAAUAUGUUGAAGACCAAGAAGCAUUCUUCAAAGACUAUGCGGAAGCCCAUGCUAAACUCAGCAACCUUGGUGCUAAAUUUGACCCUCCAGAGGGUAUUGUGAUUGAUGAUGCAUCUUCGACACCUGCAUGAGAGAAGUUGGAUGCUGCCAAAUACUCGCAUGGCAAGGUCUUAAAUGAAGUAGAAUGAAAUAAAAUUCAACAGUACUGCAUAUUUGAAUUGCAGAGAGAGAGAGCUAUCAGACACAAUGAAGCAGAAGAUUCGGGCAGAAUACGAAGCUUUUGGUGCAAGUCCAGAUAAGCCUUUAUCAACGAACUUCUUUCUUAAUAUCAUUGUUGUGAUUGCUGUUUUGGCAAUUUUAACAUCCCUGCUUGGAAAAUAAUUUGAGUUUUUUAAUCUAUUUUCGAAAUGGUCUGUUUCUCAACAAAAUUUCUUAUGAUUUCACGAUUUAUUUCUUCUAGUUA